CACUUACGGCGGAAGCAGUUUGUGCUGGGAGUUGGUGGCGCGGUGCAGGGCUCUUAGGAACGAACGGCUUGGGCGCGGGUAAUCAGCUCCCUUUCCCCUUUCCGCUCCUCUUCUAGGUUCUUGGGAGUAUCGCGGAGCUUCCGGACCUGAUGCGGGCGCCCGGUCGUGGACUGUUUCACCCUGUUCCUCUACUGCUCGGGGUGCUCCGCGCCCAGACUGGUAUCCGGGGACUGUGACUUGCAGGGUCAGCCAUGGAGCCAGAGCAGAUGCUGGAGGGACAGACGCAGGUUGCAGAAAACCCCCACUCUGAGUACGGUCUCACAGACAGCGUCGAGAGGAUAGUAGAAAAUGAGAAAAUUAAUGCAGAAAAGUCAUCAAAACAGAAAGUGGAUCUCCAGUCUUUGCCAACUCGUGCCUAUCUGGAUCAGACAGUUGUGCCUAUCUUAUUACAAGGACUUGCUGUGCUUGCAAAGGAAAGACUAAUAAUGAACACUGUAGCAAACUGACAUAACGUGAUAAGGAACUUGAUGGAACAUAUCACCUUACGACCACCAAAUCCCAUUGAAUUUCUAGCAUCAUAUCUUUUAAAAAACAAGGCACAGUUUGAAGAUCGAAACUGACUUAUUGGGAAGAACAGAAAAAUUUGGUUUCUACUGUAGGUUUACGUGAUUAAGAGGCAACUUUAAUUGCCAUGAUUUCCCCCCCUUUUUGGAAGUAUAAGAACCUUCAGGACAACAGAACUUAUUUUGGAGUUGCGGAAGACGACGUAUUUCCCUUAUUGAUCCAAUCACAUACUUAUUUAAUGAGUGUAUUGUGUGCAAUUUUUUCUCAGAUUGUCUUUAACUUUGUUUUUAAAAUGACCUUCAAAAUAAACUGUUAAAACAUCA